UCAUACUACCCCCAGAGCAUAUUUCCUGUAAGAGCAUGAUAAUCUGCUUUCACUUUUGGAGUAUAAAUUCUGAUCAUAACCAGCUGCAACAGAAACAGCACAGACAUCACCAUGAGCACUCGUCCUAGCUUAAAGUACAUUUGGUGAGGUCUGCCUGGAUCGUCCGUAGUAUUGUAACUAUUUGUAGAUGCAUGUGUGCUGUCUCCUUCUGAUCCACUUGUCUACAGAAUGUUCCCCAGUCCAACAAAGCAUGGGUUGUUGAUCUCCACAGAAACACUGGAAAGUGAAACUGCAUCUACCUCCAUUGAAAGCCCUGACUCAUCAUGCCAUGUGACUAUCCCUCUGGGGUAUCAAAACUUUUGUGAAGUGUUCAGCAAAAUGAAAGUCUUUGGCCUGCUUCCUCACUGGACCUACGACUGAAGCACUGACCUCAUUCCUGGGACCAUGACCCCUCACAGUCACAUUUACCCCCUCUCCGUCAUUGAAAGUCAAGCCAUGCAGGACUACAUCACCCUAGCUCAGGGGUACAUCCAUCCCUCCACAUCACCAGCAUCUGCCAGCUUCUUCUUUGUGGAAAAGAAAGGAAGCGGUCUCAGGCCCUGAUUAUUGAGGGCUAAACCAAAUCACUACCAAAUAUUGCUACCCAUUACCUUUAGUCCCAUCGGCCCUCAAACAGCUCAGAGAAGCCUGAAUCUUCACGAAAUUAGACAAGUGCAGUACCUAUAAUCUCAUCCACAUCUGAGAAAGGGAUGAGUGGAAAGUGGCCUUUAGUACAACCUCUGGAAUUACGAGUACUAGUGUAUGAGACAUGCUGGGUCUCGUACAUUUAUGAUUACUGGUAUUCAAAAUGUAUGCCUACAUUGUUGACAUUUUGAUUUACUCUUCAUUCCAAGAAAUUCAUGUUAUCCAUGUGAAACAAGUGUUUCAGAGACUCAUGGACAAUCACCUAUAUGUCAAAGCAGAAAAGUAUGAAUUCCAUGUUGAAUAUAAAAUUUUUCCCACUUAUUUUCUUAUUUUAAGAAAAAAAAUAUUUGAGAAUCUUAGAAAAAUUCAAUUCUGUUUGUAGAAAUGUUUUUUUUUUUAUAUAUAUUUUUCUUUACCUUUCCCUGUUUUGAAUUGUCUUGGCACAUCAUGUUCUAACACACAAAGAAAACAGAAAGUAAUUUCCAAGAAAUCAUACUAUCCCCAGAAGAAGGUGUUUCUCACAUGCAUUACCUGUAAGAGCAAGUUAAUCUGCUUUCACUUUGGGGUUAUAAAUUCUGAUCAUAACCAUGUGCACAGACAUCACCCUGAGCACCUGUCCCAGCUGGGAGUACAUUUGGUAUUUCUGAAAAUCUGUAAUUACCAACAAACCUAUGGUGAAGAAACACAGAUGAAAUAAAAGACUGUGGCUCAGGAUCCGCACAAAUGGAGUUAAAGCAGCUCAAAGAUGAUUUGCGUGCAUUUAUUAAAACACUGGGACUUGAAAAGUACUACCCAAACAAGCUGACUCAGAGGUCUUUGCUGGAGAUCAACAGUGCCAGUGUAUCUGAUGAAGAGGUUCACUCACUACAAGCCUUACCAUGGGCUUUCCUACGCAAAUUACUGAUGGCUAAUUCAAAUUCAAGAUCUUUAUGUGUACCUGGUGAAAAUAAAGAAACAGAUGACAUGUUUGCUGAGCAGAGCUGUGAUGCUACUCCAAAUCUUCUAGAUCUCCACACUGCCCUCUUUGUCUGUGCAGACAGUUUCCUUCAGCAACAAAUAGCACUUAAAAUGUCAAUGUGUCAGUUUGCAAUACCAUUUCUGUUACCUCCUGGAGUACAUGAUCAAAGCACUCUUAUGUUAUGGGCUCUUAGAGGUAUCCUGAAAGAAUGGCGUCCACAUUCAAUGUCAGAAUCUAAAGGGUUUGUUGAGGACAGUGUUGUUCAUGCAAAAAUUCCCUUGAUAUCGUUUGUGAGGCUAAGCAACUGCAGCUUGUCCAAGUCACAGGUUUUGAACCAAGUGCUCAACAAGUCACAGCAGCACCAUGACUUCUUUUCACAUCGAGAAAUGAUUGGAGGAUCUGCUCGAAGGGUAAUCAGUAAUGGGAUGGUUGAAAUCUGCUGGAUUCUGCCAUGUGGAAACAAUAGUAUCGAUGUAUUUCCGGAACCAGUGGCUAUUGCUAAUUUAAGAGGAGAUGCUUUCACUUUUGUAACACACUUCAGUUUCCUUACUCAGGUGUCAACAGCUGUCUUUGUGUUCCUAGACAGUGUUGACAAAAAUGAGCAAAGGUUGUUUGCCUCUUUACAAGGAAUGAAAACCAAUAUCUUUCUUGUGGUUAAUACUCAGCCAAAUAUGAACCAGAAUGUGAAGUCUUCUAUCAAAGCAGCAGUUGAUACUCUGCAAUUGGAAAAAAAUAACAUCAUUGUGAAAAGCCAAACAUUGAAUAUGGCUAAUUUCUCAAAUAUGAUCAGUUCUGCCAUUAACAAAGUGCUAAGUGAGAAUCACAGAUCAUCAAUCACAGAAAUUGAGAGUAUGAAGAAAAUUGCUCAGGAAUUAGGUCUUUGCAUUGAUGAAUGUGAAAACAGAGCCUGUGGAUCAGCAGAGGAAAAAGCAGAGAAAAUCAUGAAAAGUAUUGGAGUUCGUCAAAUAGUGGAAUAUAAAAAGACACGGCUGCCACUGCAAGGUGAAAAUUGGAAAAGACUGGCUCAGAUAGAAAAAGAGCAAUGCCGAUUACAACACUCAGGAGGGUUGACUUUGGAGGAGUAUAAGGUCCAACUUCAAAAAAACAAAGAUGAAAUUUGGAAGAAACAAAGCAACUAUAAAGUGACAGAAACAAUGGACAUCUUAAUAAAGGCACUAUCAACCUCUGAUGACAUUGAGCGAGCCUUUUUUCUCAGAUGGCUGGGACUAAAGCUGGACAUACGAUCGUGCAAAGACAUGUCAAACCUACAGAAAGAAUAUACAAAGUGUGAACAACAAAAGGACAGAGAUGGUAUAGUUCGAAUAGACCAGGAGCUUCUUGAUUGUUCUCUUGGAAUAGAGCACUACAUGAGAGAAAUGGGACAAAUCUAUGAGGUUGCUUCAUUUGGUUCAACUAAAAAGUCUGACAGAAUUAGCAGUCUCCCUACUCUGGCUGCCAAAAUGCUUCUGGCUGGUUUUCCUCUUGAACUACUUGAUGGAGAUGCAUCAAAUAUCCCAGAGAAAUGGGUGAGUGAUGUUCUCAUGGAGCUUCACAGGAUGGUUGGCCAGAAGAGCCGUUUGCUGGUUAUCACUGUGUUAGGGGUUCAGAGUACGGGUAAAUCAACACUACUCAACACUAUGUUUGGAGUUCAGUUUGCAGUGGGCAGUGGUCGAUGCACACGUGGAGCAUUCAUGAUUUUCCUUCCUGUGGGCAAAGACUUGAAGGAGGAGUUAUGUUGUGACUUUGUCCUUCUGAUUGAUACAGAGGGUUUGAAAUCACCAGCACUGGCACAACUGGAUGACAGUUAUGAACAUGACAAUGAGUUGGCCACAUUUGUGAUUGGUCUGAGUGAUGUAACCAUCAUUAAUGUAGCAAUGGAGAAUUCCACAGAGAUGAAGGACAUCUUACAGAUAGCAGUUCAUGCUUUUUUACGGAUGAAGGAAGUUGGUAAAAAAACAGUCUGCCACUUUGUCCACCAAAAUGUUGCUGGUGUAUCUGCAUAUGACAAAAACAUGACAGACCGAAAAAAGCUCCUGGACCAACUAAAUGAGAUGACAGUGAUUGCAGCUGAAAUGGAAAAGCAGCCUAAUGUGAAGAAAUUCACAGAUGUAUUGGAUUAUGAUGUGGAAAAGAAUAACUGGUAUAUACCAGGCCUAUGGCAUGGCACACCACCAAUGGCACCAGUUAAUACAGGCUACAGUGUAGCUGUGUUGGAUUUUAAGAAAAAACUCUUGGAGAUGCUUAAAGCAAGAAAAGAUGAACAACCCUCCCAGAUCCCAGAGUUCCUGCAGUGGAUUAGUAGCUUGUGGAGGGCAGUGAAGUUUGAGAACUUCAUCUUUAGUUUCAGAAACACUCUUGUGGCCCAUGCCUAUGAUAACCUUUGCAGAGAGUUUUCUGAAUGGGAGUGGUCUUUCAGAAGACAUAUCCUCGCUUUGUUUGCUAGUGCAGAAGUUCAAAUAUCUAACACUGAAAGCAGCAGUAUUGAUGAGGUUGUUGAGGCACUUCAAAAUAAUUCACAUAGGGAGAUUGCAGUUCAAACAAAACAAAUUACUGAGAAAUUGAAAGUCUACUACAAAAAGAAAGAUUGUAAUGUGCAUUUAGUGAUAAAGUACAAAGCUGAUUUUACCUAUAGUAUUAAAUCUCUGGAGACUGAAAUGAAGCAUGAAGUGAGAAAGAAAUUAGAAGCUGCUGCUGAGAAGAGGAGAAACAAGGAGAAAGUAGAAGAGAUACAAAAUAAUCAAGCUGCUAUGAUUGAGUGUCAAGUUCGGCAGUUAAUGCAGAAUUACAAAGAUCGAAACGAUGCAGUGUCUGAUGAUGACCUCACAGAUGAUUUUGAGAGAAUGUGGAAUAGAGAAGUGGCAAACAUCACUGGUCUAAAAGAAAAGGAUGUUCCUGCUGAUGUUUUGAAGCAACUGCGAGCAAGUUUAGGAAAUCGCCAAGUCAUGGAGGAUUUGCAGAACGUUAAGAGUUUGUCACAAUUUGGGCAAGAAGAUUUCAAGGCCAAGAGAAGACAUUUAAACUUGGGGGGAAAAAUUGAAAAAGUAAGAAAUAUUCUUAUGAAAAAAAGUCUAAAACAAGACCUACAGAUUGUUGCAGUUGAUGUCAUUAACAGUUGUAGAAGGAUGAUUGAACAGUUCACACAAUCCAAAAGUGAUUACCAAGAGACAUUUACAAAAGAUGUGCUUGAUAAAAUUGAUGAACACCUUAAUAAAGCAGGCUCCAAAUUCAAUACCAUAUUUGAAUUUGACCUGAAAUUGCACAUUUGUGGCAUUGCCUCUCGGAAAUUCCUUGAGAUGCACAGGAAGUAUAACACUGAGCAAGAUCCAUUAAAUCAUGUACAGAAAUUUAAGAGGCAGUAUCUCUCUGAUUUUAUUGAUUUGUACAGAAAGAGGGACCAGUGCCAGAGGAAAGCACAAGACUUCACUCAGCUCUGUCUCAAACCAGCAGUGACUGAGUACAUUGACCAGUCCCUCGGACCUGACAUUGUUGAUGCAGUUUUGGAGUAUAAGUCUACUGAGUAUAGUUCACGAACGCUGUUUCAGUACACCAUCCUGAAGGAACUACUGGAAAACUCUAACUUUGACGAUUUUACAAACUACAUUUUGUAUUAUAAGAAUUAUGUAAGAAAAUGGAUAUAUAACAAAACCAUUGAAUGCUUCUCCAAUGGCAUAUGUUUACAAAAAUUAAAAAAGAAGAAGCUAGACAUUAUAAUUAAAAAGAUCACGGAAGCAGUGGAAACUUGUAAGCUGGAAGCCAAUGGGUCUCCUUUGCCCAAUAAUGCAGAAGGUACCACAAUUCUGGUCCAGAACCUAUGCAAAGCUUUGAGCGAUGCCAUCUCAAUAUCCAUGAGUACAGUGGAGAGGGUCCUGUUUCAGAACACAAGCUGUUGUGAACCAUUCACCAAAAGUCUCUAUGAAUGUAUUGAUGACCUGAAACAGCAAAUAUCAAAGGAGAUAUCAGGGUCAAAUGAUAUAAUUGAAACACUGAAAAAUGUGGCAGUAAAACCCCAAGACGAGCUUUUCAAGAGGGUGUUUGGUUGUGGAGUGCAGUGUCCAUUUUGCAGAACACCAUGUGAGGCAGGAGGAAAGGAACAUCAGCUACACUUUGCAGCUGUGCACAGACCAAAAGGACUUAGUGCCUACAGUAAAAUAGUGACUAAUAUUCUUUCUGAAGAUAUUUGUACAUCUAGUGUACAUGGCAAUGGGGGAUUUCUAAAUCAUGAAACAAAUUUCGAACCUCAUCCAUACAACGACUACCAGACCUACUACCCAGACUGGCAUAUUGCACCUGACAUGUCUAUACAGGCCUCAGAUUACUGGAAGUAUGUGCUGGUGACAUUCAAUACGCAAUUUGCUGAAAUGUAUGAAUCACAUCCAGCUGUGUAUCCAGAUGAAUGGAAGACAAUCACUAAAGAUCAGGCUUUUAUUAGCCUGAAGAGUGUGUUUAAUAUUCAAUAAUGGAUGAACAGCAAAUUACCUCUGCGAUUUGUGAAGUGGACAACUCUUCACUCACAGUUCCAUCACUAAUGUUAUCGCUCAGGUGAAUCAGGAACUGGAGCACUAGUUAUGUCUGACAACUGAGCUUCUUCUGACUUACUAUUAUCUAAAUAUAGAAUCAAUUUUACUAAAAGUGAUUUUCGGGGAUUUAAAUGGUUUCUUUUAAACAUCAUAUCUGUAUGUCUACAAUGAUAAACAUUUUUUAAAAGUGUAGGUAGGAUUGUUAUAACAUUUUGGUGAUUGGAUUAUUUCUGUAUUUGUGAUGUUAAUACAAAUGUUACAAUUAUGUUUAUUAAUCACUUGGUUACAAUUGUUACAAAUCUUUAUUAUAAAUGUUACAGUUAUGUUUAUUAAUUACUUUCUGAAAUUAAAAUGAAUGCGUUAUUCAGAA